CUUGCACUUCUGAGAGAAAGCGCACAGGCAAUUGCUUGCGGACCCAGGGCUUGCAGACCGCAACCGACGGAGAUCUGCUGCAGAUCUAGUUAUACAUACAUGCCUUGCUGCGGUCUGAAGGCCCUGCUCGCUAACGCAUUACUGCCAUGCUUCGUCGCCCUCUGUCUGCUCCCGCACCCGACCUCCUCUGCACGCCUGCUGUCGCGUGACGGCGAACAAUCUUCCCUGACGACUCGCGGGCCUUUGCAUGAGGAGUUGGGCCUGGAGGUCCUCGGCCUCGACCUGAGGCAGGAGAUGCCGACCAAGGUGAAGAGGGAGCUGCGGCGGCUCAUCGAUGAGCACUCCUUCCUCCUGUUCAGGGGACAAAACCUGACCUGCCACGAAGGUGGGUGGGUGACCCAGAGCAACUAACUUUGACGAGAGAAGGCGCGGGUGCUCAUUGCGUGUGUGCAGAUGCGGCCUUCAUGCGGAUCUUCCCACACAAUGAGACGGCAUACGAGCUGGGCGAAGGAACAGGAGGUAGCCACAGAUCCGUCCGUGAAAUGCACACAUUCGUGGCUUCGUUGGUCACCUCUUGUGUUGUUCGUUGGUUGGUUCAGUGCCCCAGCCGACCGGAUCGGCCCCCGAGGAGUGCGGGAGGCGGUGCCCACACAUCGUGGUCAAGUUUGUGUUCUCGCAGAAGGACACGCCCGAGUACAGGAGGUUCUUCUCCGGCCACAUGUGGCAUGCUGACGCUGUCAACUUCGUGGAGCACCCACCCGUCUACACCGCAAGUGAGUGAGCACACCUUUCGUUGGCUAAGUGAAUGCAAUGCGUUGGCUUGGAUGGAUCGUCUGCCUGCUCGGUGUCUCUCUCUCUCUCUCUCUCUCUCUCUGUGUGUGUGUGUGUGUGUGUGUGUGUGUGGCGUGCAUCCCCGAUGCAGUGUCGAUGAAGGCUGCGCCGAGCCGGGGCGGCGAAACGCUCUUUAUGGACUCGCGCAAGGCGUAUGAGCGGACACGGCCGGAGCUGAAGCGCAUCAUCGACACAGCACGGGUAUGCAAUGCACUAUGUAAUGCAUGGGGACACGCGCAUACAGAGAGAGAGAGAGAGAGGAGCGGUUUCUCUCUGUAUGUCAGUCAAUCAAGCGUUUCUCUGUUGUCUGUCUGUCUGUCUGUGUGCGCGUUGCAGCUGGAGUACUACCGAGUGGACUACGGCCUCGGCGCUGAAGUACAUGACAGCGGCACACACCGAACGGACAAUAUGACUGAGACCCGCGCGAGGGCCCUGCAGUCGGACUCACCCCUCGCCGACUCCUCUGUGGUGCAGCCACUCGUGACUCAGGUGGGUGUCCCGACAAGCACACACAUCCUCCCUCCCUCGCGCACACACCAAUUAACACACACCAAAGCCUGCAUUGCGUGUGUGUGGGUGUGUAUGGGUGUGUGUGGGUCUCUCUGUGCACUCACAGGACCCCCGGACAGGCCGGCGGUCGAUCUAUUUGUCGCCGGGGUCGGCAUACAGGUUUAUUGGGCACACGCCUCAAGAGACCCAUGACAUCCUACGAGAGGUGGGUCGGUGGCUGGGCGGCUGGGCUGGGCGGGGCGGGGCACAACACUCACACACACACACACAUACAUACGACGUGGCGAGCUGAAUGCCCAUGUCUUGUUGCCUGCUUGCAGGUUUUGUCCCCCGCAAUCUCCGCAGAGAACGUCUAUGUGCAUGUAAGUUAGUGUGCACACAACACCUGCCUGCCUCCCGUCAACUGUGAUAAUAUGCGUGGUUCUCGUCUCGUCUCGUGUGUGUGUGCGUGUGUGCGCGUUAAGCAGCACUGGCGAGUGGGCGAUUUCCUCCUGUGGCACCAGCGUCAAGUGCUGCACAGCUGGACGCCCAGGCACCGCUAUGAGAGCCAAGAGAGACGAUUAAACACCCUUUUUCUCGACGGACACCUGCCCGUCCACCCCGCCAGAUAAUAAACAAACAGGCGGCUUGUUGAGUUCGUCCUUGAGUGAGGGCUUUGUGUGCGUCUGGGGGGGAGGUGUAUGUAUGUUUGUCUGUUCUGAUUUGUGUUUGUUUGUGUAUCUCGCUGGCUUAUUCUUCAUCCAUCCAUCCAUCGGCUUUGUACGUGUUUGUGGUGUGGCGAUCCGACUCACUCUAGCUAGCAAAUGCACCAUCAAGGAGAAAGCGCACGGCACAGUUUUGCCCGUUUUGAUGUUAGCUGUGUCGCCCAACACACGCGUGUGUGCGUGUGUGUGGUUGGUGAGUGCGCUCAAAGAGCGAGCUGUCGGGGUGAGAAGCACACGCAUGCCAGCCUUGCCGUUCGUCUCUCUCCCUCUCUGUCUCUGUCUCUGUGCGCGUGUGUGUGUGUGUGUUUGACAUGUGCGUGUGCGAUGGCUGCACAAAAGGAGACCUCUUAUAGCCGCCGAGUGGACCCAUCGUCUGCGACGUUUGCUGAGCCGUUGGCGAUGAUGGUGAUGCGUCGUUUCGGCGUUGGAAUCAUCUUGGUGGUCGGCCUGGCCGCCACUGUGCAGCCGCUGCUGGCAGCCCAGCCGCAGCGCAACGAUGGCCGACGUAAGCCACAGGGGGACACACACGCACCAAACCGACCAUACACCAUGGUCUCUUGUCCAUUUGGAUGGCUGAUCUGUGGCUGCAGAGGUGUUGGUGGGCAAGGGGAGCAAUGGUCCCGACGACUGCGAGGGGAAGGACUGCAAUACCGAUACAUACGGUGGGCGGCCCUCUCCAUCUGUGAGAUCUAUGGACGUGUGUGGCCGUUCGUUCGAGUUGUCCGUCCGCUGUGUGCAGGUGCGUCGUUUGCCGGCCGUGGUGAGGGAAUCCAGGCCGCUAGGGACACCGCCAUGGCCGCCAACAAACACGGUGCGUCCAUCUGCACCUAUCUGUACACAUGGCACCCUCUCUCUCUCUGUGCAGGUGCUGUGUUGGGUGCUGGUGAGUUGUCGGCAUUGCAGCAGAUCCAGAUGGGCAAGGCCGUCCUGCAGUCGGCCAACAAACUCACCAGUGCCACCAACGAUAUGACGGCCUCAGCAAUGACGACCAUCCACAACGUAAAAGACCGCAUCCGUGGCCUCACAGGUACACACACACACACACACACACACGAAGGCAGCUGCUGUUGGAAUGCACCAUCGUGUGUCUGUCUUUCUUUGCCCGAAUGAAUGGACGGGUGGCUGCAGCUGACGGAGCCGCAUACGAUCAGCCUCGUGGUGCCGCCACCAUCAUUGACUCGCAACACGUACGCGUGACCAGACCCACUGCACAGCUUUCGUCGUGUCUUCAUCUGCAUCUCUCUCUCUCUCUCUCUGUGUGUGUGUGUGUGUGUAGCCUGGCCGCAGCGGUGGGCGCUACACGUCGUACUCCCGUUCGAGCCGCACACAGGAGGAUCUCGCCACGUCCACCAAUACAGGUACAUUACACACAUACGUAUGAAAUGGAUGUGUGGCGCCAUGCACCGCAUGUACAUGUGUGAACGCAGCCGACCGGAAAAUAUGCAAGUUGGCGUUUGACGACCGUAAAAUCGGUGUCGAUGUUGAUGCUGGCGAGGAAUACUGGACGAUGGACGGCUACACACGUACUCGCCAGCCGUGCGCCGAGGGCGAGAUGUGUGUGGUCUACAGUGUUUCUUUCUUCGCCUAUGACGAACCGAUGGAAGGUUGGAGGAGCUAUGAUGAUGAUGAUGAUGCACUCAUCGAUCCCACCACCGGCGAGGUGAGCGAGUGAGUGAGUGGGCGGGUGGGUGACAGUGCAGUAUGUGCAUAUGUGUGUAUCUGUAUCUGUGCAGGGCAUCUGUAUGAGCUCAUCUCUCACUGGUUCCUGCGCCAACGGCAAGGUGUACGAACUCCCCGGGGGAGGCCCCCCUAAACAGCGCUUAAGAUUCUGCAUCACUCCCACACCGGUCAGUACACCGACGAUACAUAUGCACCGACCUACAGCAAAAUUGAUCCCUCUAUCUGUCUCUCUGUCUGUCUGUCUCCCCGUCUCCCUAUCCUGUGUCUGGCUGCGCGUCUGUGUGGGUUAAUGGGGUCUGCAGAAAAUUUCCGGUUCCAUGUUAAUGAUUUCCGGUUCCACAGAGCCCCUUUCGCUCGAGGCCGAGGGGCCCCUGGCCAUUAGCUACAAAAGUGGAGACACAAAGAGAAUCGUCUACUUCCCAGGCAGCAAAGGUACGCAUGUAAUGUCGGCAUCCCCACACCGUCCUGCCAUCUAUCACCAAACUAAUGAUCUGUGUUGUCUGUCUGUCUGUCUGUCCGUUUGUUAGAGUACAAGCUGCCUUCGAAGUGAGUGGGCACCACCCGUCAGGGAUACCAACACAUCCACCCAACCACCCACGGCCUCAGUCAGUCUCCUUUCUUUUCUUUUCAUUUUGUAACAAGAUUGAGAGGGGGGAGAGGGGCGAGGGAAAGGGGGACGAGCGGAUUCUGUCCCCUUUUCAAUGAAUUCAGUGCACUCGUUCAACCGAUACAACUUCGCUUCCAUCGCUUGUAAAUCGC